AGAAAGCAGAUUUACAUUUUCAUUUACAUAUAUUUACGGGUGUACAUUUCCAAUUCUCCCCUUGUUAAAUCGAGGUGUAUGCGUCCAUAUGAGUGCCAGUGGUUCGAAUGCAUUUUGUGCGCUAGUGCUGAACUUUAUGUUGUGACUGAAAUGGAAUUAGAUAGGUAGCAUGAUAACAGGUAGCUAGGUAGUUUUAAUGUGAGUUUCGAUGGCCAUGGACUGGGAGCAGCUGGAAGUUAACCCAAGGAUAAUAUCGGCAGCAAAGAAAGCUAACCUGAAAGCAGCGCGAGAUAUACUGAGUCUUUCGGGUGCAGAUCUGCAGCGCCUCACCCGCCUUUCCCUGUGCGACGUGCAGAUUCUGCAAACGGCAGUAGCCGCAGUUUACCGCAAAGCACCACUAAUCACGGCAUUGCAGUUGUACCAAGGAGGAUGUCCCACACUGGAGCCAGGGCACAGGCUGUCGCUGGGCUGCCCCGUCCUGGACGGUCUGCUGAGAGGAGGUGUCCCGCUGAGUGGCAUCACAGAACUGGCUGGGGAGAGUGGUGUGGGAAAGACCCAAAUCGGCUUGCAGCUCUGCCUGUCAGUGCAGUUUCCCCAGGAGCACGGGGGACUUGGCGCAGGAGCUGUAUACAUCUGCACAGAAGACACUUUCCCCAUUAAGCGGCUGCGUCAGCUCAUUACCCAGCAGGCACGGCUCAGGCCUGAACUUCCUGCUGAGCUGGUGCACAGCAUCCGCUUCAGCGACAACGUCUACAUCGAGCACACUGCCGACCUGGCAGCGCUGCAGGCCUGUGUGAGUCAGCGGCUCCCCAUCCUUCUCUCCAGGGGCCUGGUGCGGCUGGUGGUGCUGGACUCGGUGGCGGCCCUCUUCCGCUGCGAGUUCCAGGCGGACGAGACCAUGGAGAGGGCGCGCCACCUCCUGGCGUUAGCCAGCUCCCUGCAGAGCCUCAGCCACUCCUUCCAAACGCCUGUGCUCUGCAUCAACCAGGUCACAGACAUUGUGGGCUCUGAUCCUGCUAGGUGUAGUUAUGGGCUGGUGGACGCCCGGGUCCUGCCCGCGCUGGGAAUGGUGUGGGCCAAUCAGGUGCUGGUGAGGCUCAUGCUACAGCGGCUGGAGGGACAGAGCGAGGCCGCGGGCUACGGCGGAGUUCCUCGUAAGCUGGAGGUGGUGUUCGCCCCACACCUGCCCCGGGCGUCCUGUCUGUGCAGCGUGAGUGAGGAGGGAGUGAAGGGCCUCCAGAGCCCUGAGCCCUCCCACCCACAGGCCCUGGAGCUGGGGGUGCAGUGAGCAAACGCCUGCACAGCUGUGGGCCUCAAACUCACCCACUCACUGGAAUAGUGCAUUUUAUGUACUACAGCUGCAACCGGUUGUCAGCAGGACUGGAGUACGGACAUCCAAUCUGUCGUUAAAAGGUUUUAACCGAAACGUGAAAACUUUCAGUGACUCUAGCUGGUGUUAAAAUUCUUCCUCUGUGAGAGAGAAAAUCAUAUCAACCUGUCUUCACCAGGAAAGCUGUUUUAUAAAAAUGUGAACUCGCAUGACAGGAAGCAGUGGAACAUUUUCCUUUUUUAUUGAUGUUUUUGUAUAGAUUUACCAUACAAUGACUUGCAGAGACAGUAUUUCAUCACACUGGAGAGGCAGAGGAUGCAGCCAGCUCAACAGGCAGCGUUGACAGGUGUGGCCACUACAGCGUAGCACUGAACUGAGUCUGCCUUUCCCCAGACCUGGCCUCCCUACCACACACAGUGCCACCCACAGGAAGGAACAAGUAGUGCACUUAAAGAAUAUCAAACCAACAGCAGAGUAUCAACAGCUAAAACAGGGUUAUGUCAUGCAAGUCACCCAGUAAGAUCUGGCAUACAGGAUCAUAAGUUGGUGUAUUCAAAAAAAAAAAAAAAAGUGUCCCUUUGCCACAUUUUUAUCUGAAUGGUUCCUACUAGGAAAGUACCACAGUGUAUUUAAUUUAGCCUUUUUAUAGCCUUUUUAUCCAUCAAAGCAGUCAUCGACAUUAGUGUUGCAAAAGUCAUGGGACUCAAAACCUGUGUCAAAGACUAAGAUUAAGAUUGUAAGUUUUGGUCAUGCAAAAAUGGAGACUAAAACCAGCACAUUUUAAUAAGAGCAAUACUAAAUUAUUUUGAGACCAAUUCAUUAAAAUAGCAAAUAAACAUGACGAAUGGGCCCGAUAGUGGAGCUGAAGACCCAAUCACUGUGCACUUGUCAUCAUUUUGAAAUUAAUUUUAAAAAUUGCAAUCACAAUUAAGUGGAUAGUUUGAUGUCCAGUGCAGCUAUAGCAGGUUUAGCUAUGCUAAAUAUAGCUGCAGUUCAAAAUUCAAUUUGAAUGUACAAAUGUGGUAUGAGAACAUUCUUUUUCUUUUCUUUUUUUUUACUGUGACCAUAGACCAUAUAUAGACAUGUACAAAUUAUUUUUUUAUUUUCAAAGAUGACUUCAACUGUAUUCCUCCAACUUCAAAUCCAUAUGUGCCUUCAAACAUAAAACCUUUUCAGUCA